AUGGCUCGGUGUCAUCAUGAUAAACAAGACUUUAAAUCUGACCUGAUUAUUGAGGUGGCGAGAGAAUGUGAUCUAUUAAGGGAAGAGAACGAUUUAGAUGAGUUCCAAUGUGACAAGAAUCCUGGUCAUUCAGGGUUCAUCCCAUUUAAAGAUUUAACUGUGGAACAUUUACCACACAAAGAUGGAAGAAGAGAAAUUUUAGAGAGUAUUAAAACAUGGGGGAGCUAUGUUGUCAGAUUAGUGGUAGAUAAAGUAAGAAAUGGAAGAUGGGUAAAGGAAGUUGGGACUGGAUAUGUGGUGAAAGAGGGAGAUAAAUAUUGUAUACAAUCUAAUAAUCAUGUCGUUAAAAAUGACGAUGAAGUUAAGAAAUGUACUGUUGAAUUUUUCUAUGAUUCCAACGACAGAUCAAAUCCGAUUUCUUCUAACAUUCGGGAGCUAUCUUCAAUUGAAGUACAUAUAGAUGAAGAUGAUGGUAAAGGUAAAGUGAUAUCAGGUGUUAUGGCAAAAUUUAGAGAAGAAUAUGUCGUUAGAAUAUCGGAAUCUAUUUUCCAAGAUAAAGUUAAAAAAUGUAAACUAUUGUGGGAUGGUGAAGUUAUUGCUCGUGGUACUAGAUUGUUUUUUCAACCAAUGAAACCUAAAGAGUUUUUCAGUGAUAUGAGUAAGAUUGAUCUAGAACUAUACAUGCAGCAUACCUCUCCGGACAUCUGGUUAUUUGAUUUUCACCCCUUACCAAAAAGUGUAGUCCACAUUCAAGAGAUGGUAAAGAACUAUAAAUCUAUUGCUGAUAUUAUGUAUUGUAUUGGACAUCCUCAUGGUGGAAUCAAGAUGGUCACUUUCGGACGAUUAUUGGGAAAAUCAUUUGAACGAUUUGAUAUUCAGGGUCGACGUAUAGCUCAACCAGAAAAAGAUUGUAAGUGUAAGGAAGUUGCUUGUACAAAAUAUUCAUGUAAAACUUGUCCUGGUUCCAGUGGGUCCCUUGUAUUUUUAGCUCAGAAGGUCGUCGACAUGAGUCGUGGUAUAAGUCAUUUCAUGGGUGAAAGAGUAAAAGCAUUAUUACCAAACGGUGAACUGGUAGAAAAUAUAAACAUGGCUUGGGGUUGA